UCACUAGAAGAGUCUAGCUUCAGUUGCAGUUGUUGUUGCAGGCUUGCAGCUGAUUCUAAUUGCUAUAGUCAUUAUUAUAGUUUCAAAUUGUAGUGCAGAUUUAUCGACUUCACAAAUAGCUUUGAAGUUAGUUAGAAUGGAGGAGGUGAAAUCUGCAGUGGAGGAGCACAUGGAUCUCAUGGCAGAUCUCGUCCAGAAGCUCUCUUCCGAGCUUCGUGCCGGCCUCCGCCCCGCCUACGACAACUUCAUCGGCUUCUUCCACGCCAUUGAUUGGAAGGAACCAUGGUUGAUUGGUUUGGCUGGGUUCCAUAUAGUGUUGCUUCUUGUGACUAUCAUCACCAGGAGGAAAACUAACUUCCAGAUGUGUUUGUUCCUUCUCACAUUGGCCGGUGUAUAUCUCGCUGAGAGGCUUAACACUGUUCUGAGGAUGAACUGGAAAAGCUUCUCUAGUCAGAACUAUUUUGAUCCAAAUGGACUAUUCAUGUCUGUUCUUUGGUCGGGGCCCCUUCUCGUCAUUGCUAUGAUAAUUCUGAUCAACACACUCUUCUCCUUGUGUUACUUGAUUGUUAGGUGGAAAAGAGCUGAACUAAGACAUCGUGCAAGGAUUGCUCAUAGUAAGGAGGAAUAGUUGUUCAUACUAUCUUUUUUUGUCUUCCGGAUAAACUCUAAGGAAUUUCGUCUCAUUGAGGAGAUCAGAUUACAAGGUCGUAGAGAUGGAUUUUUUUUUGUUGUUUUUCUUAUUUAGUGUUCAUUGUUAUAGACCUUCUUUUCAUGUAUACUUACUACACUAUUCAAAGGGGAGGUGGGGUAGAGUUUUACCCCUUUUAGCUCGUGUUCAUCAUAACAUGGAUAAUCAAGGACGACAACCAUUUCCUUUAUAUUUUUUUUUGUUUU